GAGAAAGGGGGGAUAUAAAUCCAAACUCUUCCUCUUCUUCUUCUUCUUCUUUAAAAGAAAGAGCAGAGCAGGUGAACUAAGACCAAGCUAUCUUAUUUUGGUCACAUUAUGAGAAGACAGGAAUCACUGGAAAAAAUAAUAACGCUAGGAAAACUUGAUGGCACCAGGCAAAGGCGGAGACCCAACAUGAGAUGGACUGACUCCAUCAAAGAACUCACAAUCUUCAUCUUGCAAGAGCUCAGCAAGGCCAUUAACAGGACAUUUAAAAGGUCCCUACUUCAUAGGGUUCCCAUAAGUUGGAAAUAACUUGAUGACAUUUAAUACACAUACACCAACCGCAAGGCCUCAUUUAAAUAGGGUGAAGGCUUAAGUGAAAAUUCUUAUCAAAGGGUCUUUGUAUUCACAACAGUGACAACUGUGCUUGGUUGUUUGUCCCAGAUUGGUUGCUUGUGAUAAGAGCAUUGUUUGCUCCUGCAAAGGCGUUUGGUGCUUCUCUUCGCCUAGGUUUUUUUCCCUUGAAUGUGGGGGUCUGGAUGUGCAAUACAUAAAGGUUAUAAUUGAAAAGUACCUUCAGCAGGACUCUGCAGAAAUCUCCUAACUACAUUAAAUCUAUCCUUGGCACGUACGAUGCUCCUGACGUCUAGUGUACUUGUUACAAUAUUGGCCUUCCUGUUCCUCAGACUCGUGAGAUAUCUGGCCCUCAGAUUCAUGAGGGAACAUCCUGUCUUGUAUUUUGUGUAGCUUCUUCUGGGAUGCUUCCCUUUCAGGUGCUGCAAUGCCUCGUCUCCCGCUUUGGUCCUUCUGCUUCCUGGCCCUUUCCCUUCCGGAAUCCAAGUCUUCCGCUGACAAUGGUACUGUAGUAGUCACCACCAGUGGCCCUGUCCAGGGAAAGCGUCUCCCAGCUGGCUCAAAAGCAGUCACAGCCUAUCUGGGCAUCCCCUACGCAGAACCCCCUGUGGGGAAACUGCGUUUCCAAAAGCCUGUUCCCCAUAAGCCAUGGAGCCACACUCUGGAAGCCACCAACUUUGGCAAUUCAUGCCCCCAAAUACUUCUUUCGGGCACUCCUGAUGCUGAAAUAUUCUCAGCCAACACACCCCGUUCGGAAGAUUGCCUUUUCCUCAAUGUUUGGGUACCCCAUCCCCGGCCCUCCACACCAGCUGCUGUCCUUGUCUGGAUCUACGGUGGUGGGUUUUUUGUUGGCACAGCUUCCCUUUUAAUAUAUAAUGGGGCAUUCUUAGCUGCUACCGAGAAUGUGAUUGUGGUGUCCAUGAAUUACCGCCUGGGACCUCUAGGCUUCCUUUCAUUACCACCAGCUGCCCCAGGAAACGUGGGCCUGUUGGACCAACAGUUAGCCCUGAGAUGGAUGAAGGAGAAUGCAGCUGCCUUUGGAGGAGACCCUUCUCGGAUCACCAUCUUUGGCGAGAGUGUUGGAGGAGCAUCUGUCAGUUAUCACCUCCUCUCACCAGGGAGUCAGCCUCUUUUUAACCGGGCUGUGCUGCAGAGUGGGACUGCCACUGCACCCUGGGCUUGGGUGAGCCCUGAGGAGGCCAAGAGGAGAGCUCUGGUUCUGGCCGAGGUGAUGGGCUGUAAAGAAGAUGGGGGCAAUGCCACAGUGAACUGCUUGCAGCAAAAGCCAAUGGAAGAAUUCCAAACAUUCAUAUUCUCAGUUGUGGAUCCCAAGAUUGUUUUGAAACUUCCUUUCGUACCAACCACAGAUGGAGAUUUUAUUCCUGAUGACCCACAGAAACUAGUGAAGUCCAGGCGCUUUCAGGCCAAGCCUAUUAUGAUUGGUACCACUUCUGAUGAAGGGUCCGUCUUUAUCUUCUACGCUUCUCCUUUAUUAUGUACAUCCAGCGAAUGCCUUUUGACCUGGGAGAAACUUUUGGAGGGGCUGAAGUUAGGUGUACGCAAUGCAACCAAUGACACCAUUCAAGCCAUUGCUCGGGGAUACAGCGGAGCAGAACCAAAGGGCCCAGCACAGAAUCGUUCUGCCUUGUCCCAGGCCUGGGGGGAUUAUUUCUUUGUAUGUCCAGCAAAUGAAGUUGCCACAGAGACUGUGAAGACCGGAAGCCCCGUGUACGCUUAUACAUUUACCCAUCACAGUAAUGGCUCUGUUUGGCCUGAAUGGAUGGGGUCCUGCCAUGGAUCUGAACUCCCAUACCUUUUUGGAACUCUGACAUUACUACCAGGAACCAAUAAAACGCAUACAAAGGCGGAGUUAGAGCUAAUCCCCCGAGUGAUGCGGUACUGGGCAGAGUUUGCCAGAAGCGGCAACCCCACCCCUUCAGAAGUUGGUGAGGCAAAAUGGCCGCUCUACAACCCUGCAGAACAGAACUUCUUUCGCAUCAGCACUGAGCCGCCUCAAGUCAUGAAGCCCUCACCUGCCCAGCACUGCAAUUUCUGGAAGGCACCAAGCCCAGACCAGCCUCCAAAAGAUUCUCUUCCGUCUCCCCCAGAAGGCAAACAAGAACUGUGAAUUAAAUACAUAUGGAUGGAGUAUCGUAUGAACUGGGAGGAAUAAGUCCAAAGAAAUAAGGAGGAAUUUCUGUUUGCACCUUUCUUCUCUCAUAGUAAUUUCUGUUGACUGAUUUUAAAACAUAAAAUCAAUAACUGGCUUCCUAUAAUUUUCUUCUCAAGCACAAUCAAGUCUACAUUCAUGUGACUAAAGAAAAAAAAGGGAAAGAGGAUCGUAUAUUUUAUAAGGCAUUUUAUGUAAUUUUAUUUUAAACCUAUGCUGUGAGCCUCUUCGAGCCUGCUGUGUUGGGCAAGAUCCAGGGAUUAAAUCAAAUCAAUCAAUAAAUAAUAACAUUGGUCA